CUUUUAUUACAAUAUUUACUGCCGGUAGUAGCGGUGUGGCAAACUCUCGCGAUAGUUCUAGCAGCAGAGCUACUAGGAGCAGAGCAGUGGAUUUGACAUGUCAACAAAACAGAACAAUUACCAGCACCCAGGCAUGUAAGAGUGUUGAGUUGCAGAACAACUUCACCUGGACCUAGACCACCACCUCCUCCUCCUCCUCCUCCAUCACCUUCAUCUGCUGUCUCCAUGACAACCCCUCCUCUUGUAUCGCCGUUUGGCGUGCAGCCGCCACCCCAGCAGCAGCAACAGGCUCAGGCAGCCCGUGAUGUCAACACGGCCUCGCUGUGUCGCAUCGGCCAGGAGACGGUCCAAGACAUUGUCCUCAGGACCAUGGAGAUCUUCCAGCUCCUCAGGAACAUGCAGCUGCCUAAUGGAGUCACUUAUCACCCCAACACCCACCAGGACAGAUUGGGGAAACUGCAGGAGCACCUACGGAUGCUGUCAGUGCUGUUUCGUAAGCUGCGCCUGGUCUACGACAAAUGCAAUGAAAACUGUGCCGGUCUGGACCCCAUACCUCCGGAGCAACUCAUACCCUUUGUGGAGGACGAUGGCUCCAAGCAUGAGGAUCGUUCCGCUGGCCAGAGCCGCCCUGCGACCGACGAGAGGAGAGAAAUCCUGGAGGUUAACAAGAAGCUGAAGCAGAAGAAUCAGCAGCUGAAGCAGAUCAUGGACCAGCUCCGAAACCUCAUCUGGGAGAUCAACUCCAUGCUGGCUGUCCGGAGCUGAGCCUCGCACACGCACACACACAUAAAACACACGUACGCAUGAGGACGGGAAGAUUUGGACCCGGCCACGUGACUGGGUGCCACAGACUGGCUGACGCUGCACUUUACCGAAAACAUGGGGACUUUGUACUUGCCAGCACAGAGAGGUGAGACGACAUCACACAUCGGUCACAGUGGGACAAGGGUGGUGACGCACGUAUGGUCUACCUCGAUAUCCUACAUUUACAUUCCCAUAUAAAAUAAUCCUAAAGUGACAAUAAAGAGAUGAUCCAUUUUGUAAAGUUGUAUCCAUUUGUACUGUAGAACUGCAGAAUGGUUCAUAUCUGCAGAGACAGUGUUAUUAAUGUACAUUUGAUCCACAUGGAUCCUGUCAUUCCUUAAGGAAUCAACCUUCAGUAGCACUUCAACGACUCCAGUUGAGACUUCAGACUUAUUAUUAUAAACAAAAAUAUUAAGAAGUGGAAGUGUGGGCCACAAAGUAGCAGUGAAAGUAGCAGAUCCUGUAGCAGUGUGAGUACUAGUACAUUAUUCCAUCUGUCAUUCUCUUGUUAUGAUCAAAACACUUUCACAUACAGACAAAGCUGCAAGAUGUAUAAUGAGAAAGUUAUGUAGGUGUUGAUGCAUUCGUGGCGUCUGCACAUCAAUCAGAGACAAAUGCAAAGUGUAAGGAUGAAGGAGAGAGCAGAUAUUAUGCAGCACAGGGCCCAAUAUCUGACACAUACUGUAGCACAGGUACCGUGCAAUAACCCGACACCAGCCUUUGCUCAACGUCUACUGAAGUGUAGAACUGGUGACAGUGAUCUGACUCUGAACCUGUGGCUGUGACACAUGGAAGUCAUCUGUUUGAGCUGUGUUUUCCCUUGUUGAUCUCUGUGUCUCUAAUUUGGCAAAGCUGUUGGUUUAUGUUGUAAAAGCUUUAUUUUGUGUUCCACAAAAGGUCGAUUAAAAGUAUUAUUGCUUUUUUUUAAUCACCACGUACAGUAGUCGUCAGUCAACGCUGCUGCUUAAAGGCCACCCGCUGACGCGUUUGAAGAGGCAGGAGCGUUUUGUAGUUCAGCCCUAGAAGUUCUAAAAGUCAGAUCAAAGAUGCGUCUCUGAGAGAAAUUAGCCGCUGAGGUCUGAUUUGUCUCUUUGUGGUGCUUGAUAAAUAAUGGCAGGCCGGUUGAGCUUGGGGAUCUUUCGGUCUCCAUUGUGUUUUCACUAACAAAUCAAAGUAAGUGCCACUUAGAAAUGUUAACAGAGAGAGCGCGUGUGUUCACAACGAGCAUCUGCCAUGAAACACAAGCGAAGCACAUACAGUUAAACACACACUGUAAUACGGCACCGCCGUCGGCCACAGAUGCAGAUAUGCACGACAAAAUCGGCCUGUUUAAUAAUUCAGAGCCAAGCUGAGGUCAUAUCUAAGAUGUGUUACGGGGCUAUUGUCCUCGGGGAGAUGCAGAAGGACAGUUGCAGCACUGGAGCAGCGAGAAGGCUUUCAGCCGAGUGAAAGAAAAAAUCAAUGCUCUGAGUAGUGACUAAUAAACUCCUCCUCAGUGGUCUAAUACACGGGUGGUUAUUAUAUCUCCGAGGGCAAUGCAGCAUUGAGGGACUAUUAUUACUUUACAAAUGGAGUGUGUUCUCAUUGAGCCGCGGCUGAGGUCAGGGGCUGAGCGCUCGUCCAUGCACACGCUGUCGCGAAUGAUGAGCCGGAUAAAAAUGUGCAGGGAUACUCUGUGUUGACAGUGUGAGCACAAAAGCAAGCGCCCACAAAUGUAAACCAUUAGUCCUUUGUGUCAGCAGACCCUCUUAUCGUGUUGCUGCAGCGUCUGUGUUCGGGGGGGAAAAUGAAUACUCUACAUACAAUAUCCAGUAAUUUCCUCCCUGUUGUAUUAGUAGAGUUUGUACUGCACCGGUACAGAGCUGUCUGUCCCGUUGUGCCCGGCUUAUAACGUCCAGCUUGGUUCAUUAGAAGUGUUUUUUAUUAUCCACAUGCUAGUAAUUGUAUGCAUUUAGUAAUGUUUUUUUUAUUUUACAGUAUCUUCUUAAUUGAAUAAUUUAUUCUUUGUAAUUCAUUCUGUAUAACGUAAUUAUUAGGAAAAGUAAAGCAUAAUGCAUGUUAUGCAUCAUGUGUAUCUGUCUUUGAAAACAAAAUAUCCUUAUUUUCAGUUGGACUCUUUGGAUAUGAUCCUUGAUAUUCAAACAGUAUCAAUACUAAAGGAAAACUAUAAUAAUAAAUAUCUAUGCAAUUUUUCAACACAAAUUACUACUGUAGGAACCUAUGCAGUCAUAAAGUAGUAUGUGGUAAAAAAAGUGUCACAGCACCUUUGACUCUUGUACUUUAGUGUUACUGUCCUAUACAGAUUAUAUUAUACAGUGAAUUAAAAUCAGAAAUCAGACUCUUCACCACGAUCACUGUUAAAAAAGACAAACAUACAUUAUCAUCAAAUAUGAGUUUAUUUUUUUAUAAAUCAUUCUUACAAAAUUGGCAUUUAUCUAUUUCAUUUGUGACCUCUAUAAAAGUCUUCUGUUAAUUACAAGGUAGGAGGGAGGAGAAGGCAUCAGGACAGCUGGGCUUGACCGAGUCCCCGCCGAUCGGCAGGUAUCGCUGCCGAUCGGCGAAGCGUGACAGCCAAUCACAUAAAUAAUCCCAAACAGGAAGUGGUCAUGCAACGUCGCCAUAGCAACAGUGUCCAAACAAAGAUGAACAGAGGGAAUGGAAGUUGUGACUCAUCCAGUGUAUGAAGGCAGGGACAUUCCCUCCCUGUACAUGGCGCUAUUGCUGCCUGUCUGCUGGAAACGAGUCGAGGACAGACGGUGCUUGGCACGUCAACAACGCAAAUGUUGAUAAAAGGCACAAAUUAAGAGCAGACUAGUUUCCAGAACACCACUUUAAACACCAACAAUCUGGCACGUCCUCCAUGUGUGUUGAAACGCACAAAGACAACUUGCAUAUUGCUGCUCUGGAUCACACCACAGACGUGACGCAGAGCUUUUCCUCACUCGCAUUCAUCACACGGCCGCUCCUGUCGCCAAGUCAUCUGACCUGAAACCAAGCUGUAAAAGAGGGAAUUUAAACGCAACUGUCACAGCCCCCGACCCAUUAUCGUAAUGCAGUGGGAGACGUUUCCAUCUGGUGCGAGGGGCCCAGCUGCUUAUUAUUUUCCAUGUUUCACUUGGCGUGGUUUUUAUUGGGACUUUGCAAUUUGACUCCUGUGGAGAGCAAAGAUGGUGCGGCCCAAUCCAAUUCUAGAUCACUGGCGUAUGCAACCUUUUUUUUCCCAUCACUCCAAAAAGUUAUCCGUCUUCUGGGGCGUUCUGAGAGAGAGCGUGAGAGAUGAUUUCCAGGAAAACCAGUGCAAAGUGAAACCUAAUACGAGCUGCAUAUCGGCAUGGAUUAAUGUGCACAGCGUGUAGAAAAUAAACUGAAUAAAUACCAUUAAGUUCC